CAGACGAUCCGAGGGAGAUGGAAAGGGAUGGGGUCUACGACUUGAAGACCUUUUGCUUACACGCUCUGCCUUAUACUUCACCCCAUUGCUCUGUCAUCCUUUCUCUGGUCUCUCAUCACUUGCUUUUACAGGCUCGUGAGUACAGCUCUCGGCUCCGGCGACUGAUGAUCAAAGCGAUAUGCCUCCUGACGUCCUCUUCGAAACUCCUACCUUCAAUCUCCUCCGUCCAACAGUGCCAUUCAAGACCGGACCCAAGCACCGCGUCGGUACCGCCCUGGGCGUAGCCGCCUUCCUCGGCACUGGCUUCGGACUGCCCUUCGUUGCUGCUUACUUCCAGCUCUCGUGAGUCGUCAACGCCGGGUCACGAAGCGAUGGAUA